AUGGCUUCCAACACCACCACAGAUAGCCCUGAGGCGACCGCUUCGACUACAGGACCCCAGGUCCUCAAUAGUCAAGCUACCCAUGCUCAGCAAGUAUCUGCAACUCAUCAGAAUGCCCAGGUUGCUCAGGCUCAUCAAUCUCAAGAACAUACUCCGGCUCCUUCGGAACUCGUUGAUCAUGUCGAUGAACUCGUCGCUGACAUUCCCGACCAACAGCACAAUGUUCAGAAUCUCAUCGCCGGCUAUGCUAGCUUGCAGUCAGCUGCCAAUUUCUCCUUUCCCCAGCAGACUCAUUAUCAGGAUAUCAUGCAGCAGCCAAAUGUCUUUUCUCAGCAGUCUAUCGACCCGAACUUGGCUCAGCAUAUAUAUGGAUACCCUUCUCAGCAGGCUUUCCAGUAUCCUUCUCACACUGGCCAACAGCAGUAUCCUCAGAUGGGACAGCAGUUUCCUACUCAGUCGGCGUUUCCCUUCAACCCGCAGUUCGGGAACCCCUAUCUCUCUCAGCAAAACUUCCAGCAGAGUUCACAACUCCAGGCUCAUCCGCAGCAAUAUGCUGCUAUUCAAGACCCACGAGGCGGCGCACCACUUCAGCAUCAGUCUACCCAGGGCAUGCCCCUCAGCACUCCUGGAGGUGGAAGUUCCUUAGCCAUGCAGCAACCUCAGCAAGCUGGACUGCCCGCCCAGCAGGUGGCUCCAGCAGCCUCAUCGCGUCCAAUUUGUCAUGAAGUCGGUUUCAAGAACCUCCUUGAAGAUCAGGAUGUCGUUGAAUCCCGAGCGGCUGAUGAGUGUGUUUCUGAACACAGCCAGCUCGUCAUCAAAGAGAAGAUGUGGCUGCACGAUCUCAUCAAGCUGUACGAAUACGUCCAGCGGAAGGGGGAUGUCUAUCUCCCAGCCGACGAGACCUACAAGUAUUUCUGGAGUACUGUCUUUAAGGACUGGAAUUCCAAGAUGCCGGUUUCUGAGAGUGACCCUCUGCCUCCGCGUGGCAAGCCAGACAUUCACUACCAGGUCGGCUACUACUCUACGGAUGCCUCCAGCAACCAACCAGCAAAUGGACGCCGAAGCUCCAAGGCUCGCAAGGGCAACGCGAUUCCGAUCUAUCUUUCGCUCGACCUCGACGCAGAUGGCAUUAACUGGCUUUACAAAGACAAGACUGGACAACGCGUGUAUAAAUCGCAGGUCAAACUUCUCCUUGGUCUCAAUGAAACACAAGCAAAGCAGAAUGUCCUGAUUCAUUACGACACUUAUGAGAAGAACAGAAUCUGCGGGCAUAAUCUGCAACUCAUCGUUGAGGCUGCUCGAAGACGAAUUCAGAAGUGGGCGAUUGCGGGUGCUGGUGCCCCUAUUCAGCUUGGGGUUGAGUGCCGGGCCCCCAAUUUGUUGAGACUAAUUCUCGCGUCCGAGCACUUUAGAAACCAGCAUUUGAAGCACUGUGCUAUCGCUGAUCUUGAGGCCCUGCGACCUAAGGCGGGCUAUGGGGAUAGAAAGAAUUGA